AUGCCUUUUUUAAAGACCAUUUUACUGUUGACUAUCGUUGGUUUGCUGAACUUAUCGACAGUCGCACCAGACAGCGCAGGAAUCGUAGAAAUGGUGAAUGGAUUGGCGUAUGGUGGUAUUCCCUACGGAAGUAUAACUGGCAUGGUAGCAAAGUAUCCAGGAUACUUGGGGCAACAAUUUAAUUCUCUUCAGGCGCGACAAUUAAACGGAUUCAAAAGUGUACAACCAGUGGUCAUCACUCCAAAUUUUAGGGCAACAAGAUUAGCGGGAGUGCAUCCACCCGUGCAAAUUUACAACGUUCCGAGUGUUGUUGCACCUGGUGUUGUGGGCACGAUCAGCCACAUAGGAUAUUAA